GCAUCACCUUCUUGCUAAAGCAAUGGACGUUGAGUCAGUUUAUAGGUUUUACGAAUUUUGUUUAUAUCUACGAUAAUCGCGCACGUAAACUUUUGUAACCACUUUCAAAAUCAAUAUCAUAGCUCAAUAAUGUAGUGCGUGCAUUUAUAAAUGAUAGAAAUCGUGUGCUUAACGUGUACACUAUUGCCUUAACUUUUCACCAUUUUCGAGUUUUAACAAUUGAUUGAACCAAAGCACUGUUGUAUUUUCAAACGUUUUUUAUUGUUUUUAAAUAUCGUUUACGUUGUUUUAAUUAAGUUUAAGUGACAUUAUAAGUGUGUGGUGGUCGUUUUUGUGCAAGUUUUACACUAUUAGAGCGGUGUAUUUUCUUUUAUAAUAUAGUACUCAAAAUGGUCUCUAGUUCUGCAUAAACAACACCGAACCAUGGCAUUGUGCGAGGGCCAACUUGAUUCUGUAUUGCAAAUAAACGGUAACGAGACCGCUGAUAAACCGAAUACCCAGGACAAGAAGAGGAUGGAGCCAAAUGGAGAUAUCUAUGGAUUGGACAAAGUACCACCCCUACCGUUGAGCGUCGACUACCGUUCGCCGCUGUCUCACUUUGUACCGCCCGCCGUCGAGUUGUACGCGUCGAGACACAAGCCGGAGCUGAAUGUUGCCCCAGUCACGAAUGAUACACCGCCGCCAAUGAAGAGGAAACGUGGGAGGCCGAGGAUCGACAAAACGAGUCCCGAAUAUUUGGCCAACUUGGCUGCGAGGAAACAGGCCAGGGAGAUGGCGGCUGUGAUGAACAAUAGACCGGACUCGGGAGGUGAGAAACGCAAGCGUGGAAGACCUCGCGUCGACAAGACCAGCCCCGAGUACUUGGCGAGGAAGCGUGCACGAGAGAUUGAAGCAAUGGACAAGAAAGCGAAGAAGGAAUACAGAAGGCGAGCCACGGGUGCGAAAAUCGUGAAAUCAUCAACGGUUAUGACGUCACGCGUUAAAACGGUACCAGCGAAUAAAAUGCAAAAUAUUAGAAAGACGACGCAAAAGAUAGCCGUAAGGAAGGCGGGUGAUAAAAAGAUUAUUAUAAGAAGAAAUAUUAAAUUUAUAAAACGGAAAGAUUCGGCCGCUUCGUCGUCAGCCGGCGAAACGACGCCGCGUAUGAAGAGGAAGUACACGAAGCGGACGCCGAAUGCGAGCAAAGACUCGACGCCGAAUUCUGAUCGCGUGAAAGGAAAGAGAGGGAGACCGAGGAAGACUGAUCAGCCUUCUUCCAAGCAGCCGGACCAGCCCAAGAUCCGCGUCAGGAGCAACCUGAUGCCGACGAACGCGGAGCCGAUCACGCUGGACAGCGAUGAUGAACCUGAUUUGGGAUCACCCAGUCAAGCUUCCGAUUCGCUCAGUUUGGACGAGAACCUUCGAGCUCUGAGACAUAUACAUGAAAAAUACGCGAAUAUCGAUAAGGACGAUUUAUACGAAGCACAUAUGCUUGCUGCGAACUUUAAGAAACCACCAAUGGACCAAGUCCAGCGGCUGGCGAGGGAUGAGGACGAGGUGCUUUCCAUACGGAGCUCUGAAGGUUGUCAGUCCGUUAAGGAAUUGGACAUGAGAGUCGAAAAAUUGGACGACAGUUCGAACAGCGAAUCCGGUAGCAGCAGUUCCGCUUCGUCGGUCGAUGGAGACGCGAAAGAUGCAGGUAGUUCCAGUUCAUCAUCAUCAUCAUCGUCAUCGGACAGUUCGAGCUCAUCGGACAGUUCUGACAGUGACAGCGACGAUGAGGAGAAACCGGAUGAUGAGAACAGCCAGCAAUCGGUGAAUAAUCUAGAAGAUGACAGAUCGUUCGGAGCAUGGUCCUACAGUCUCCAAUCCGGCACGAAUACCGAUUCCGGUUCAGAUUCCGAUCCUGAACGUUCCGGUCCGGUCGAACCGAUUCCGGCUCAGGACGAUAUAAGCGAAUCGGAAAACGAAUCGGCGGACAAAAGCUUCCAAUGUCAUUUGUGCAGGAAAUGGUAUUCGACUCGGGUUACCCUCAAAAUACACAGACGCGUGCAUCAGAACAAGGGCGGUGGUAAUUCCCGUUCUCGUACGAGGUCCUCGGACAGAUAUGAGUGUGACUGCUGCAACGAGACGUUCAAUCGUCGGGAGAAACUCUGGGAGCACAAGGCGGAGGUGCACCGGGGCUCGAUGACGGUCCGCUGCGAGGUGUGCCGCAAGUGCUUCGAGGACGACAGCGAGCUGGCGGCGCACGACCGCACGCACACGGCGGACGAGCGCGCCGGCCGCUGCGCCGACUGCGGCGCCGCCUUCGCGCGCUUCGAGCAGCUGCGGCGCCACCGCGCCUCCGCGCACGCGCACGCGCACCCGCCGCGCCUGCCGCACGCCUGCCAGCAGUGCGGCAAGCGCUUCAGCCACGCGCACUCGCUCACGCGCCACAUGCACAACCACGCCAAGCAGCUCUACCGCUGCGUCGUCUGCAAGGCCUCCUUCGCUCGCGCGGACCAGCUCGCCCAGCACCUGAACAGCCACCUCGCGAACUACAAGCGUCUGAAACAAUAAUGCUCGCUUGGCGUCUUGGCGCCGCGUUUAAAACGAUCGUUUAUCAGCCGCGACACUAGCGACGGAAGAGUUAGCGAGACCGCCAGGCGGUCGGCUUGGAUCGGCAUCGCGUGGGGUCUGACCUUCGGGUACGAGUAACUUUGCGGUUGUGCACGCACACAACACACACACAAGGCCCCGUGUUACGGCUGAACUGACAGUGCUACGAUAAGUGUGAAAUGUUAACUGCUGAUAACUGUGAAACGUAAAGUGGGCUCUUCCGCUACUUUAACGUAGCGUGACGUAGCGUAACGUAGCGUAACGUAGCGUAGCGUAGCGUCUGCCUUUCUAUUUAUAGAAUAAUAUAAAAAAAAUUUAACAAAUUCAUGUUUUUUCAUACUUUUGUUGACAAUUUGUACAGACUGUAGAUAAAAGUAAUUUAACCCAAAGUCGAAUAAUAAGCGGACGGUAGUUGAAUAGAUUUAUAUAUGAACAUAUGUAUACAUACUAUAUAUAUAUAAUAGAAUGUGGGUGUUUAUGUAUAACAUACAUAUAUGCACGCAUGCUUAUAACCGAUACGGUUUCAAAUUUAAGUAAUACUAAGUGAUAUUUUUAUGAAAUUGAUGAAUUCCACUGAUUCGAACCCGGGAUCUCCGAGGUCGCGUUCUGUUAUCGCGACCGAUCCGCGUGGGUGUAUUUUCACUAAUUCUUGUCGCUGUGUAUUUAUUGAAAAUGAUAAAUAAUUGUUAGCACUACAUGUACGAUAGAACCGUCUGCGGAUUACGUCAUGUCACGUCACGUCACGUCACGUCACGUCACGUCACGUCACGUCUUAAUGUAUUCGGAGGGGACGACGGGGAGUGACGUAAUCCGUGGAAGGUCACACUUGUGUAAAAUAUGUAUGUAAUAGGUGAAUAAGUGUAUUUCCGCGAUCACAGAAUUCGUAAAUAAUUGUAAGGCGCACGCGCAGAGAGUGAGAUGCCCUUGGACGUGUGCGAGCGAGACGGACGAUUGGUGACUGGUUUUCCUUUCGAGAAAUUAUCGUGUUGCCGUCUCACUCUACUGACCGGCUUUCGUCUGUUCUCUACGUGUGUGUCGGAGGCGAAUAGAUUCACCACCGGUAGCGCGACGGUGACUCCGUUGGGCUACCGUGCUAGUAUAUUUAAUCAGAAUCGUGUUAGAAUCGAGUAAGAUUCUUAUUUCAGAGUUAUAUUAUUGUAUUACCGAACGGUUUUAAUAUACAUGUAGUAAUAUCGGGAGUGCGGUCGGCAGUCUGUGUGUCCGCCCCGUGUGUGACGUCAAGUCACGCAAUGCGAUGACGUCGCUGCUGACGUCACUGAAGCCUCGCGCUCGGAUUAUUAUUUUUUUUUUUAUAGAUUUAACGCCUUCGAAACGUUUUCAAUGAGAGUUUGCUGUAUAUAUAAAUAGUCAAUUAUGUAUUUGAAUUUAGAAUGUUAAUUUUUGAAGUUUUUAUUAUUUUUUUAAGUUUAAAAAUGAAUUCGAAUGUCUCUCUUUGUGAUUCGAACGGGCAGUUGUCUCGCUCUAGCUAGCUAAUAAAAUAGCUUCGAUACGAGACAGACAUACAUUAUGUAUAAGCGAAGGUCUGGCGCGGCGUUCGAAGCGAUCUCCAUCUCCGGACAAUCGACGGGGGAAGUGCAAGAUACGUUACACAGACAUACACACAAUUUAAUUAUAUUAUAUUAAUAUAGAGUUUUAUUUAGAA